AUGGCAUCAGCACAAGCCCCUCCCCCGACAGUAAUCGCCCAAAAACAAGUCUUCCUCGCAGCCCAGACCCGUCUCCUCUCCCAGCCCCUUGAACCAUCCCGCUCCUGGCUCGCCGCAAACGAGGCCGUCGAAUCCCCAAUCCCGGACCAGGUUGUUGAGCAUGUCGUCGCCCGCCUCAACAAUGCCGUACUCCAGCAUUCGCGACGCGCUUACUCGCACCAGGCGAGCCGCCACGUCGCCGAGCAGAUAGAUGCUCUCUACCUGUCUCAGCCGUCCACGGCGCAGGACGAUAAGCCAGCCGAGGGAUUGCCUCUCUCUUUAGACCUGACCGAGGAUGCUGCCGUUAAGUCGCUUCCUUUGGUAUGGCCGGCUGAUCACGACGUGACCAUGUAUCCCAUGGAAGCCAAGCGGUAUGCGGAACAAGUGGACCGUCUCAAGUCGCUCGCCGAGGGGAGGCAGCAGGUCAAAGCCCGUGUUAAGCGGCUGCGGCGCAUGAAGACUUUGCUUGACCCCUUCCGCUCCGGCAAUGAUGGUACAGGCGUGCAGGAGAAUCUCGUCACACGUGACGGUGAGGUCGAAAGGGAGAUGGAGAAGAUGCGAGCUCUUUUGGCACGCGUCGGUGGUCGCGUCAGCCUUCUCCCCGAACCCACGGAAUCUGGAAGCCUAUUUAAGGAAGACGACUCCCUCAUCGUGGAACCUGUGACCACAGGAGAGAAACGAAAGCUAGAUGACCUUCUCGAUAGCUUCUGA